UAGAUACUUAUUGUAAAUUGUAGAUAUGGUUAAAUUCAAGAAGUUUCAUCUUACUAUUCGGUGGAAUGGAAGGGUGACAAACUCUGACAUAGGCAUUGAUUAUGAGGACGGCGAAUCCAUUAUGCUGAAAAUUGAUUCCCGAUUCAAUUUUUAAGAACUCUGUAAUAUUUGUGCAGACAGGGUUUGUACGAGCGGACAGACGAGACUUGGAAAAAUUACUUACCGGUAUCCAGACAUGAGUGCUGGCGGGGUCCUGUUCCAAGAAGUUGUCAUAAACGAUGAUGACGCGGUUACGAUGAUGUUACAGUUCCUAAGCGAUAACCAAGUCCGGCUUGCAGAGGUGUAUGUUGAGACCGAGGCGGUCGGUGAAUCUCAUUCUCACCAGUAUUCUUAUGAUGAUGGUUUUGCAGGAGGGUACGGAUGGGGUGGUAGUUCGAGCAACUACGAAGGCGGUGGUUAUACAGGAGGUUACGGGGAGGGUGGUGGUUCAAUCAACUACGGUGGAGGUAGUAGUGCAGGAUGAGUGCCAUCGGAAGAAUACUCGCAACCUCCUCAACCAGCCCCAUUUGUUGAGGCUGAUGGUGUUCAAUGGCCUGCUUGGGGGCCAGAGUGGUCUGAAAUCGAGAAUACCAUUCGAUCAGGACGUACUUCACAUGAGCGAGAAGACAAUGUUGGUGAUUGUGGUCAUGUUGAUCCUUCUGGCCCGAGCUAUCCAUUCGAGUCGAGCGACGAGGAUACUGAGGAAGAUUUGAGAUCAGUGAGCGAGGAGGAGGAAGAUACUUAUGAUAACGAGGAUGAGGCGACAUUUCGUGAGGCACCCACGCCAUAUUACACACAGGUUCCAACUCAAUUUUUACAUAGUCGGAAUGAUCCCCCGACUUUGUCCCUAUGCCAGUGUACAAUCCGACGGCCAAUUUGGAGUUCUACAACAGCAAGUUGAAGGGUGAAAAAAUAAGGAAUGGCCGAAUGGGUAGUGAAGUUGAAAGCGGUCUGGAAGAUAUAUUGAAGUCUUUGUUGGAGCAGCUUCAGGCGGCAUGCGUGAUUUUUGAGAGAUUUGUUUAUAAGAACAAGAACCAGCACCGCGGAUGCUCCUAUUUCCAGUACCUCCAAAAGGUGAGAAGGGAUUUAAGGCUUGUGGCUUCUUGCUUCCAUGUGAUGUGAUCACUGGCAGGAAACCCAAGCAAAAGAUGUAUCUGCUAGAGAGUGGAAAGACUUGGAAUUCUCAGUUGUUUUACGUAAUCAGUAACCGAACCAUGUCUCGCAGCUUGAAGUGGAGGCAAAGUGUCUCUGGAGUACCAAAUUUUUUGGAGAGACUUCUGGGAGCUGCACGCUUACUGUCACAGAUGGUUGAGCCAAUUUUGAAGGCAGCUACGUAUCCAGUUUGUCUAGUUAUUAGGAUAUAAUUAAAUUAACCGGUCUUGUUUUACUGGUUCACUUCAACCUCUUUGUAGCACCCAACUCUAAUUGCAUUUAUCAUGCUUGUAUCCAUGUCACUGUACUUGUCAUUUCUUUACUCAGGUCUGAUUAUCUGGAUCUAUUGCCAGUUGUUGAUUGAAUGAUAUCUUCUUUUCAAUCGGUAUCCUUGACAACUUAGCAGUGAGGUAUCUAUUUUGCUUGCACGCUCUUUCUUCAUGGAAUUUUCCAUGGCAGUUUUGGCACUGCUUGCACGACUUUGAGUUUUGGUUCGGCAGGUAUUUCGAGAGUACUAUCCAAGGAAAAGGAAUUUAUCACCCUAGAGUGUGUUUGGGAAGGAGAUAAAUUUGUGUUGCUCGAAAGAGUACAGAAAACUGACGUAAAAGAAAAUUAUGAGACCAUAAAAGAUCCCAACAAUUGAAGAACGGCUAUACGGUAUCGAAGCAUUCAGGCAUUUCUUAGAGAGAUUACUGAUAAUGGCGGUGACAUUGAAAAGAUGGAAGUAGAUCAUCCCGACAAAGAAGGCUCUUCUCUAAUGAAGAAAGAUGAGGACUUGUCAGCUGGAUCUCCAACUCAGAAAGAGAUUGAACAUCAGAAGCAAGGUAAUAGCAUCGAGAUGGGAGAUGAUUUACCAGUUGGAGCGAGUCCUGGAAAAGGAAUUAAUCCGAAUGCAACCUCAAGCGCUUUCCCAGAUGCAACAACAUCCAUACCAUAUUCCAGUAGUUCAAGGCAAGUGACAUUUGUUUCAGUGUAAAGGCCUGCUGCACCUCCAGCAGCUGCUGCUGAUGCAUCCAUAGCUGUUAAAAGGCCUUCAACUUCAACUUCAACUUCGAAUGUGACCACCCCAGGGCUUUCAAGGGGUAGUGAAAAGGAAGCAGAUGGCAUGGAGGAUUCGUUUUUCGAUUUGCUUACUGCUGGUGGAAACCUCAAGAGUCUCUUUUGAUCCUAACACCUUGAACUAACUUAUAGUUCAUGUGUAUAGAGAGGUUUGUGAUGUAGGGAAGCAAAAUGUUUCGAUACUGUCAGUUUAGAGCUAGCUAAUGACCCAUCACUGGCGAGGCGAGGAUGUAAAUAUUUCAUCCUCUCCAAACAAACAUAUCAAUGGGAUUGGUUUCCCGCGAUUUUGUAGCCAUUAUUAGAAGAAAUGAAAUUGAGAGAAAAUUCAGCUGUGAAUUCCAAUAAAGGAUGGAGUCAGAAACUGAAGAAAGCACAACAAUUGGCGGCAAGUCAAAAUCAAGAAGCAAUUGGUCGUUGGGUGACCCUGUAAAACGAUCUCAUUUGGCUGUAAAGUAAAUAAGUAAUGCAUAUUUGUAGAAGGAUCGGUUUGGGUUGGUUGGUUUAGGUGGGUGGGGUCAAUGAUGCGAGACUGUAAGU